AUGCGCUACUUGGUACAAUUUAAGGCAAGACUUGCUUUGCUCGUCUUGGCCCUACUAACACUAUGGGUCAUAGCAACCACCUCAAGAACUUUGUCGUUUAAGGUCAAGCAUACGAAGAGUCCUCGUCAGGUGGAUCUCGUCGUUUUUCCACUCAAUUUCACAAAUGAGCCAGUGUUGUCACUUCGAAAACUGUUCCCUUUACUCAGGUCAAAGGAAUAUGCUCAAGCAAGGCUUCAACUCGGACCAUCAACUUCGGCAAGCAACUUCAAGGCACACUAUGGCCAGGGAUCCUCGCACCCAAUUCAGUUGUUCAACCUGGACCAAUUCAUAAAUAUGAAUAUGGAAAAGUGUGGAGCUCUUGAGAAGAAUCUCACAGGUAUCAGAGUGUCAGACAAGAUAUCUUUAGGCACUUCAGUUAAGAAAAUUGUCCGGCAGAUCAUCGAGGGUAUUGAUAGUGGGUAUGACACCUACCUUCAAGAAAUGGCUCCUUACUUCAUUGAGCAGAUUCGCUUACAGUACCACUUUGAUGUCUGUGAGAAACAUUGGUUCCGCAUGGCUGGGUCCUCAGUAUGGCUAGAAGCUUACGGGGUACAUAUGAUGGUUUCAAGACUAGCAUAUAGUCCCGAUGGCAGCAGAAACAACCCAAAACUUUCAUUUGUCUAUACUGAGUUAUUUGAUUCCAACUGGGAACCCGUCACCCUCAGCUUGGUGGUGCCUUCCAAUAGAGCGCAAGGUUAUCGUUUUUUCGAGCACAAUGGUCAUGGAUAUACCAUAGUCAAUUAUCCCAUCAUUCUUCCUAUACCAUUUUUUCAUGACUACGAUUAUAACGAAAUGAAAUACCUUGGCCCCGAAGAUGCUCGGGUCAUCUUAGUGAAGAAUCCUGCGGGCCACGAAGAGCCACUCCUUGUAUUCAACGCCUGGCACCAAAAACUUGCCUAUUUGGAUGAUGACGAGGACGAAUACUUAGUGAAGAAAAUGCAAGAGUACCGGUCAAUGUGGGUUGGUUGGCCAUGGCAGUAUCAGCGAGGAAAAACAAAUGUGGAUGGCUUUGCCGAUAGCAGAUUCGAUACUCUAAUGUAUAACCGGGUAAAAGAACUCAUGAUCAAGAAUAUUCCUCGCCAGGUCAAACAGAAAAACUGGACUCCAUUAAUCAGCGAGAUGCUAAGGAGCAAACUGGGAUAUGACAAUGAGCUUCUUUUCAUUUACAGAUGGGCCAAUCUACAAAUUCUUAAGUGUGACUUGGUAGGUGAAGGACGUUGUGGUUUUGUCUACAAAUUAAACAAGAGAUUGGUGACUUCUUCAAAAGUCGGACCAUUACGUGGUGGAACACAGCUUAUCAAUAUCAAUCAGUUGAUUGCUUCUUCCAGCACCAAGGAAAUUACGGAUAAGCUCAUUCCUCCAGGUAGAGAGAUUUGGAUUGGUUUCGCUCGAGCACACUUGGUGAAGUGUGGCUGUGGUAAUGACCUCUACAGACCGAAUUUGGUGGUAAUAACCAAGGACACUGUUACUGUUGAUGGAACUUCCACAGAUCACUACAAGGUAAGUCAUAUCUCUGGGUUCAUGUCACUUAAUGUGGAAAUCAUUUCUUGGAACCCAAAUAGACCUUAUGAGUUGUGCUCGGGCACAAAUGCCUUGAUUCCAAAUGGUAUAUCGAAGUGGGAUCUUAAGGUUGAGAUGGACCAAAAUGGGAAAGUACGUUUUUACGACGAGGUGCAUCUAGCUAUAUCAGUCUCUGAUUCCACGAUAGAUGGUAUCAGUAUGAAGGGAUUGUUGAAUUCGUUGAUCAGCUCCCAAAAUACUCUUUUCAUGACGACUGACGAACUCAACGACAAAGCAAAGCAGGACUUGCAAAUCCCGAUGUCGGAGGAUAACCUCGAAGGUUUAGGCUACAAUAACGAUAACAUAAUCUGCGCGAUGGAUGCUUCUUCCAGAUUUUGUUCCGAAUAUGGAGACGAGAAGAUCAGAAUCGAAAAUGAAAAAGGAGGUAAUUAUAAAGAUAAUGAAGUUGACACUUACGAAGAGAAGAUGGAGGAUUACAAAGCUGCAUUAUUUGAUCUUGGAUAUGAUUAUUAG